GUUCUUUAGUUUUGACUUUACAAGUCAUGUACUACUGUUGUAGUAGUUUGUCGUUUGCAGCACUGUGUCUCUAUGACCAAUGCAUGCCCUUUCUCCUAAGACUAUUACAUGAUGGGAGAUCUUCCUAUAUCAGCCUGCAAGGAACGGCUGUUGCGCUUCGUGUCUGACAACGAUGCAUUGGUUGUAGUAGGUGCCACAGGCAGUGGAAAGACGACUCAACUGCCUCAGUUUUUGCUGGAUGCUGGAUAUGACAAGAAAGGUAUCAUUGGAGUAACCCAGCCUAGACGUAUUGCUGCCAUAUCCGUAGCAUCGCGAGUUUGUGAGGAGAGGAAGUGUCGCUUGGGAGAGGAGGUAGGUUACCAUGUGCGAUUUGAUGAUUGCACGUCGCAGUCGACCGUGCUCAAGUACAUGACGGAUGGCUGCCUUCUUCGCGAGCAGCUGACUGAGAAGUGCCUCUCUCGUUACAGCGUGCUGGUACUGGAUGAAGCGCACGAGAGAGGCCUGGACACGGACGUUCUUUUCGGCUUGGUGAAGCAACUAUUCAUGAAACGUGCCACCGACCCAAGUCUUCAUGUGCCCAAAAUAGUAGUCAUGUCAGCAACGCUGGAUGCUGGCAAGUUCAGUGAGUUCUUUGAUGAUUGCCCGGUUUGCGAAGUGGAAGGCCGACUUUUCCCUGUCGAUAUUGUGUACCGAAAUGUCAUCACUGCGGAGGAUUUGAAGAGCCCUCCCAGUUACUCGAAACAGGUUGUGGAUAUUGUGGUUGACUUGCAUUUGGAGGAGGAUCGCGGUGACAUUCUCGUGUUUCUGACAGGCCAGGCAGAGAUUGAGGCAGCGUGUGACAAGAUCCACCGUCGUGCACAGUACCUCGACUAUGACAACGACUGCCGGUGUGCUGACAUUCAGGGCUUGUUGGUGCUGCCCUGCUAUGGGUCUAUGUCAACUGAACAGCAAUGUAAGAUAUUUGACCAGCCACCACCGGCCAUCCGCCGUGUUAUUGUGGCCACUAACAUUGCUGGAACGUCACUAACUAUAUCAGGUGUCAGGUUUGUUGUUGAUAGUGGCUUUGCCAAGCAGCUAUGCUUCAAUCCCCGCACAGGCCUCGACGCAUUGCAAGUCAAUCUAAUCUCUAGAUCUGAGGCUAUUCAACGGGCAGGUCGUGCUGGUCGCACCUCAGCGGGCCAAUGCCAUCGUAUCUACUCGAGGGACGUAUUUGAGACUACAAUGGGCGAGAGAAUUGUGCCUGAGAUCCAGAGAACAAGCCUAACAUCAGUUGUGCUGCAGCUGAAGGCCAUUAACAUCGAUGACGUGAUCGGGUUUCAGUACAUGGAUGCUCCUCAGGAAGCGGCCAUUGCUGCUGCAUUGAAGCAGCUGUUCAUCUAUGAUGCUCUAGAUAAACACGGUGCAAUAACUAGCCGUGGCCGACAGAUGGUGUCGCUGCCUCUACGUCCCGACAUCUCUAGCUUCCUGCUGACGGCGCUAGAGCUGGAUUGUGUUGAGGCUGCUGCUCCUAUUGCUGCCAUGUUGUCCGUGGAAGGAGUCUUUAUUCGACCUGGUGGUCAGGCACAGGGCGAAGUGGCAGCUGCAGCUCGUAAGCAGCUCGAGACAGCCGGUGGUGGCAACAGUGAUUUCGCCACGCUACUGGCCGUCUUUCAGAGAUGCAACAACAGCGAAUCACCGGCACGGUGGUGCAAGGAGAACUUUGUCCACUUCCGUGCGCUGAAAAUGGCACACAGUGUUCACCAGCAGAUUGAGACGAUCCUUCGCACACUCAAGGCAUCAGUAUCUCCACUUGCAAAGAGCUGCUCAUUGAACGAGCGCUUACGGCGCGCACUGUCUGCUGGCUAUUGUUGCAAUGUGGCACGCAAGUCUUCUGGUGGCAGAUCGUUUCGCACGAUGGACGGCCACUGCUCGACUGCCUUUAUCCACCCAUCCUCAGCUCUGUGCGGCCUUGAGGAUGAACUAGACUGGAUAAUCUAUCAUGACAUUGUCAUCACAAACAACACCUACAUGAGAACUGUGUGUCCGGUACGAUAUGAAUGGGUUAAAGACUACUUGCCACGCCAGCAUGAUAUUGACGUUGCUGCUCUGUCCGGAGGCGCUAUCCUCUCACACUGGUCCGCGUCGUCCACUAUGAACCGAACGAAACGUUCUGCCGAGCCUGCACCAGAUGGUGAUAGCAGCAAGCUGGCACGUCGUAAUACAGAUUCUAGCAUCUCGGCUGCCAAGCAGAGGUACUUGGAUCGCUGCAAGGUGCAACGGCCAACCUAGCCAGACCUUGCACACCGCAGAUAUUAGGAUGUGUGUGAUGGCGGGUCUGCGUCACGUCAUAUCGGUGUUAAGGAGGUAUCAUGGGAGGUCACUACUGUUCAUGGCGGCUACCUGAGAUCAAAACUGUGAGGUCUUAUCUGGAUAUCUAUCAUGCGCCGUGUGUAUCCCAUUCGUCCGAGUGUCGCCUUAGUUAUUGACGGACUGGUUGUAUCUAAUCGGCACAAAAGGGCACCAGCCAUGUGGAAGUUGUACACUUCUCCUCUGCUUCUGGUGGGCACGCCAGCUUUGGACGCCUAUCUGUGCUCCAGUUUGUAACCGAGCAAUUCUGCUGCAGUCACUGCAUCUCUCUCGCCCCCCCCCCCCCCCCCCUCACUCACAGACACACGCACAGACACAGACACAGCUACGCACCGUCAGCGGAGCUGGAUUCUAAACUGGAACGUAGACGAGCAUAAUUUACUGAGUUUGUUUGAAAAGUGAUCCGAGACCAGAGGCUAGGGAAGGGGGGCUCACACAACAACAAUUAUUGGAUGGGACGCUGAACAUAUCUUUUCUCCGUUUCUACAUUUACCAGUACUAGUAUUCAAAAUGCCAGCUGAAGCUUAGAACACCAAACAUCAUAAUCAUACAAUUGAAUCUCCUGUCUAUAAUGAUUGUGUCCUUAUGGCAGUACUUGAAGUAGCAUGACAGCAUAUCUCUAGGGAGAACUGAUCGUCUCCAUGAAAAUGCAUGCAAAUACGAAUAUAAGUUGAGGUGAAGUGUGCUGUAGCUCAUAACAUCACAUUGCAACAUGCUGAUAGACACACUUUUCUUCUCUCAGUACCAGCGACACAUGCCAUAUUUUUUUAACAUGAUAAUAAUUUUUUGAUAUUCUGAAUAUUGUUUGAAGCAAGCUGGUUUGCUAACAUGCCUAGCUGGCCUUCAUGCUUUCAAAGCCAAGAGCCGCACGAAGUUCAACCAGAUCCUCUCACUCCAGUGGGACAACAUA